CGUUAUCGGCUCCUGGAUUUAAAAAAAGUGGGAUGGCAGCUCGCUGGGUUUUCUACAGACAUGAACUGGGACUCUCAGCUGAGCUCUAUCCUGUCAGUGGCAGAUGGCAGCGUAGCAAAGAUGAGGGAGAGACUGACGUCACCGGGGAAAUUCUCCAAAGGAGAAAAUUUGUUUCCUGCGAGGGAGUGGAUACAUGAUUUAGAUUUGGACCCUCCUGCUCCUCCCCCCCGAGCCCCUCUUCCCAGACAGCCAUCCCCCUCACACAGUUCGGGUGUGCAAUGGGCAGACGUGGCUGCUCUCCAGUCUCAACUACAGAUGCAGAGCCAGGCGAUUGACUCUCUCACCAAGAAACUCCAUGACAUGGAAAAGGAUCGACUGUCACAACAACGUCACAUCCAGACACUUCAAGAGGAGGUUCACGGCUUGCGUGAGGACCUGAGGGAGAGUGAAAGAGAGAGGGACAAACCACAGAGGGGACAAAGUCCAGGAGCAGAGAGAAUGAUGGAGCAGUGGAGGAGAGAGGUGGGACGUGAGCUGAGCAGUCUGCGGGGACACAUCACCAGAGCCACGUCGCUAGGCAACUUAGAGGAGAGUUUCAACUCAAAGAUUCGCAGAGAGGAGUUGGAACACUUGCGGAGGGAGGUGGACCAGCUGAAAACACGGUUAAGGCGACAGGAGGAGGACGUGUUCCUCCAGCAGUCAGAGGCCAGAGAGACCAGGAGACAGUAUGAACGCAGCUGCAAGACACUGGAGGAGCUAACAGAGAGCUACAGAACUCACAGCACUGAUCUGGCAAAAACCGUCUCUCAGUAUUCACACACACAGCAGGAAGUCCGCCAGAUCAGAACGGUUGUGUCAGAGCUGAAAGACGAGGUCAGGAGUCUUACCCUUCAAGAACAUGAACCAACACCAUUACUGUCUGUGCACACAUCAGGGGCGUCACCCGUAUCUCUCCCCCACGGACACAGUAGGGGAGUCAGAGUGGAAGAGCCAGACUCUGACUCUGAGGACUUCAGUCCGACCCCAAGCUUGGCUGAGGUCAGCUCAGAUGAUCUUUCAUGGCUGGAUGACAAAGACUCGGCUCUUCCUCAAAAGCCACAUGUACGUCUCAGCGUUCAGUCCAGACGGAGCAAUUUUGCUUGUCCAGGAUCGGAUCUGGAGGAUGAUGAUGAUGAUGAAGGUGGUGAUGAAGAAGAUCUCCUUGAUUACAAUGUGGACCCAGAUUUAGCAUCUGACCUAAGUCUUAAUGACCUCUGACCUGUUUUAUUAUUUUUAUAUUGAUUAAAUUGGUUUGAUCUGUGUGUUUGUAUGUGAGUGAGAGCUUCUGUAGCAAAACCCCAAACUUUAAGAAUAGAAACUGUAUUAGACAACCAGCCAUAUGGUUAAUUUCCUGUGUUGUCCCCAGGGAAGAGGAACACAAUAAAAGAGAGGCAAUAGCAGCAGACUUGGCAGCAGUGGCGGAUAAAUAGAACAACAUAUAAUUAUGUCGUCCUACUUAGUGUUGCUCUUUCAGACCUACUUGAGUAUGAUGCGUGAUAAUCCAUUGAUACCAGUGGGGAAAGUACUUUUUUCUUUAGGGGAAUUUUCAAGAAUGUAUAAACAGUUAUUUGUGAGAAUAACAUUAAUGUUAGGGACUCAGGAAAAUCGCAAGGAUCAAACUUUCUUUUUAAACUUGAAAUCUGGAAACUGUUUCAUCCAAAGUGGCACUAAACGCAGCAUGGUGAAACAAACCACCAACAGAUUGAUCAAAUGCUAACUCCUUCACUCUCUUUUUAAUUUAAAUAUUCAUCAUCAUACUUUCCCCAAGUCUAGUUAGCACAUGACCGUACAAACCGUCCCAAACCAAAAAAAAUAUCUCUAUGUGACAAAGUGGUGUCACACUCUUAAGAGACACAGACGAAGAUGUCAAGAGAGUUUGUGGUGAUAGAGCUGACACCAAAAUUAGAUCUCUCAAGCUAAAUGAAUACGUUUCAUCCUCCCUCUUUUUGCUGCACCAACUCCAAGGAGUUUUCCUAAUUGUGAAUGUGUCCAAGCAGCGAAUCUCCCACUGUGUUCAUUAAGAUAUUCCGGAUCCAAUUCUCCAGAGAUCCUCCACAGGACAUGUCUGAAAACAGCUUCAGUGGUAGAGGGAAGAAGUCACACAAUUUUACUAAAGCAAAAACAAUUACAUAAAUAAAAAUAUUAAGUAUUAAUAGUUGAAGUACUUGCCAAGUGUAGCCUAUUCCUGAAUGCAUUGACCUGUUCUGAAUACAGUUUAGAUGUUCCUUCAUCACAGAUAAUGCUGCUGAAGGAGGCAGAGUCUAAUGUUGCCUGCCUGCUCUGAUUGGAGCAGUUCCCCUCUCAUUACUAAUUAUUUACUAAAUAUUUAAAAAACAAUGUGAACAUGUCACACAUUCAUGAAAUGGGUUAGCAGAAAGUUCAAAUAUUUAAUGAUACAGUAUUUGCUGUGAUGUAAAAGGGAAAAAGACCUGAAAGUAAAUUUACCUGGGUACAGAUACAGAAAAAUGUACUUACUUACAAUAAUAAUUAAGUAAAUAUGCUUUGUACAUCCCCCAAUUGAAUUGUGCCCAGAUGUACUGACUGGUUGGAUGCAGGGAACAAACGACAGGCAGCUGUUUAAAGAAUCAACAUCCUCUUGUGAGAGUUACAUUCAGAAAAGGUCUCCUUUCACGGUGGUGGAUGGCAGUGCUUUGUGUCAGCGAAGAAGCAAACACCCUUUACACCAUGUUGUGUGUUGCUGAUUAUAAAUUAUGGCUCCUACCAGAGUUAAGGGCAGAGGCAUUGGUGGAUAACAAGCUAAACCACAAGGUUUUGGUUUUAGGCAGGACGAGACUGAAAAUAGUUCUGCUUAGGUUUGUUAUGAUUACAGAUUGUUGGGUUAGGUAACGGUUUGAUGUGGUUAAUGUUAGUGACUUUCAUGUGUAGCCAUAACUGCAAUAGGAUCCAUAAGGAAGCCAGUCAUCACUGUGCUUUUGAUUUGAAAAGUAAGGGCUUACAGUAUGCCUGUACGGCCUUAACUCCUUCAAGAACAACAAAUUGAACGUUAAUAUAAUGGCAUAUACAGUUUGUGUUCAGUCAUUACACAUGCGACAAGACUCAGUACCUUUCAGCUUUAAAGUUGUGUUAUUCGUGUACUAUAUGCAGUGCUACACUGUUCAGUGUAGCAGAGUAAUGGAUAUUUAAUGAGUGUUUCUUCCUGACAUAAUGCACUUUUAAAUCCAGAAGGAAACUGAUGACGAUUGUAAUUCCUGGUAAUGCAUCUGAAGUGAGAGCCAAGAGGAACUCAUUAACAUUACAGAGACACACCCACACUACCUCCACUGUGAUGUCUUUACAUAUGCACAACUCAGUUGAGACUGUCAAGAGUCCCUUUAUGCUGUCUUGUCUGACACAAGUCACACUGUCCCGGGUUUGCAGGCGGGUGUCAAGCUGUUAAAUAAUUCAGCAUCCAGACACCCCCCCAUUGGGAAGCCCAGACCACCGCGAAGAGCCUCGGGCGAGCUGAAUGACAGGCUGGGCAUGUGGACAUGUGACCAGAGACACUUUCCAGCUCAUCCAACCAUUCAGAUUAUCUCUCAUCUCGUCAAAGUAAGCAACAAGAAAAACCUCGUAGAAAACCGUCACUAGCACAGAGCAGUAAUUAAACAAACCUCUCCUAAAAAGCUCUUCUUGUUAAAGAGACAUUUAAUGAAGAAAAGGCUGAUCUGUUUGUGAGUGACUGAUGAAUCUGACUGCACUUUAUUACAUUUGCCAAGUAUUGUGCAGUGGUGCUGCAGUACAGCAAUGCACUGAUGCCUUCAUUGUAAAUCUGUAAAAAGAAAUGUUUUGUGUUUUGUCUCCAACAAUAAAAGUCUGUAUUUUUAACGGAGAGGAGCUUGUCUCUCUGUGGUCGUCUCUUUAGAGCAGCAGAACUCCAGAAAUCCUGGUAAUAACAGAUCCGAGGAGGGAAUAAGAGGAAGCGCAGAAGUUUUGUCUCAAAAUACCUUUAAUCAUACAACAUCAACAGUCCAUAUUCCAUGUUUGACAACAAAGCCUCAGUGUGCAGUCAGGAUACUUAGGACAUUUAAAGAAGUGAACAAAUACAGGAGUUUACAGACAACUUUGGCUUUCAAUCGGGAAUCUUGAGUGUCUCAUUUAAAGCUAGGGUUGGUAAUUCCAGAAAAGAUAUCAAAAGCAACUGAUACAUUCUCGCCAAAGCUACGUCCCCAAAACACAUGAACGAUCACUGCCUGACAACUACUAGAAGAAGAAGACUUUUAUCCGUGACCCGCUCGCUAACGUCUGACUAUCGGCUCUCAGGCCGGUCUGUUAGUGACAGACAGGUAAGCCAGCCAAUCACUUCAUUGGGUCCGUUUGAAAAGAUUUGUUAUAUUUAUUACAGUCCUGCAAGGGCCACAGAAACCAUUUUAUUCUUCAUACAACUUCAUUUGUCAGUGGUGAAAAGGAUUUCCACAAAUAAGCUAAAAUGUGCUUGAGAAACCUACUACCAACCCUAACUUUAAUACUGGAAGUAUACGAUUGACAUGGAUUCACUGGAUAGUUUGACAAGUAUGAAGAUGAUUCACAUCCACCAGAUCUCAACUCAUCUAAACACCAUAGGAGAAUUUGGACCAGCAUGUUAGUCGACAGUCCCAGUGAGUGAACUGGGAGUAUAAUCUGUGUCAAAGAGCACUGAAGCUGUUGUGUGGGCUCAACCUUUGGUAAAGGCACUGUUACAUUGAGUUUCUCUGUUAAUUUUCUGUUUUUCAUUGCACAAAAUUGUAUGCCAAACAAGUUUCAAGAGCUUGAUGUAUCAGUUCAUGAGCUAAGUCUUAAAUAAAUAGGAGCUGUGUGUGUUUUGUAUUGAUGGGGUUCUUCUGUCUUCCUGUGUGUGUCUAACUUCCACUCAUCUUUUCCUGCACAUUUACAAAGCGAAAACACAGCCAAGCUAAAAACACGGAAAAAUCAAUGGUAUAGUUCACAGCUCGCCUGCUGGGAGCAAGGUGCUGUCCCAUCAGUCCUUGCAACAUUUCUAUCUCUGCCAAGGAGGUUAUGUUUUCACCCCUGUCCCCUUUGUUUCUAAGCAAGAUUACACAAAAACCUCAGGACAAACUUCCACAAAACUUGGUGGAAUGAUGCAGUAUUUGUCAGGGAAGAACCUAUCCAAUUAUAUUGUGAAUCCAGAUCAGGGAGUGGAUCCAAGUAUUUUGUGAGAUGGGGUGUUUUUCAACAUUUUCACCAUUUCCUCAAGGGAAAAUUCAUGGUUAUUGAUGAAAGAAGUCAGGCACAUUGAGAGAACUGAUGUCUAUGAGUGUGAGAAAUUUGGUGCCGCUUGAUCGAAUUUAUGGGGUCUGUUGGGCCUUGGUGGAGGUAUACGCUCUACGGAGUGCCAUUGCAGUCAAUGUGUUUCUGUCUGGUGAAGAGUAAAGAAGUGAUUAAAAGUGAAGAGUUUCACAAAGUUGUCUUUCCAUGAAACAGUCAUCAGUAGUAUUUACACUGCACAGGACAAUGCUAACAUUCUGAGGAAAGGCCACUGGCCAAUUUCAGUCUGCAAACUGUCAUUGUAUGAGUGAGUGCUAUGAGUGAGUGCUAUGUCGAACACGCUCAAGGCUAGUCUUUCAAACACAGGCAAGUCAGAGCAGCAACCGGGUGCUCAUUGUGUAUUAAGAUGGGAAUCACACGGAAAUACUGGAGAAGACUGGUAAAUCUGGAAGUUAGUUGGUUGCAGUAUAAAUAGUGUUUACAACGAAAGCGGAUCCUGUGUUGUGUAAGGCACUCUCUCCUGAGCUGAAGACUCCAGGAAAGAAACAAAAGAACAGUAACACAUCCAUCUCAACUCAAGUUUAAAUAUAUUCUGCCAUGCCUCCAAAAAACAUUAUACAUUCACCCUUAAGACACUCACGCAUAUGCACACAGACCUAAAAACACACAUCCAUGCUCUUAUUCUAUGCUGACACACAGAACAUAUCUUUCUCUCAUACAUAAAAAUAUUUGUCGACUUAUUUCCACUCCAGAAAGUAAAGUGCAACCUCAUUAACUCUGUAGUCAGGCCAUUUGGUCUUUUUCUUGUUCAUUUUUCUUCUCUGGCCUCUCUGUCAGGAUGCUAUUGACCUUCAGUCUAACCAGACUUUACAACAUAAACUGAAUGGAGGAGAUUAUAUCUGCUUCCCUUGGUAAAGAGUCUGGCUGAAUCUGUGUCCAGCUGUAUACCACCACACUGAUGGAUAUAACCGACAAUGUGGCUUUGUGCUUCACACAGACAUUUUUCCUUUCUGUGGAAAUUUUAAAUAUAUUAUACAACCCCAGAUCAUGAGCUGGAAAAUAUGAACCAAACGGUACUGAGAAGAUGCAUUUGCCGAAUUUGUAAUUACAGGCAUUAAAAUGAACG